GUGGAGCGUAGGUAAAAGAGCCUGGCUUGCGAGGUUGCAUAAACAGUACUCAAGUAGUUGAAGUUGUAGUUGGUUGUUUAUGGCUAGUAUAGACCCAAUAGUUCGUCUGUUGCUGCUGCUGUACGUGGUAGUGUGUUAUGGCGAUGUUUGUCAACGAAAAUGUAAAUGUUACCUUCGAAUGAAAAUGUGGAGAGUGAUUUGUCGGAACAAAGGCAUAAAGGAUAUAAAUCUGUAUACUUUCCCAAAUGAUAUGGAUGUAUUGGAUCUUUCAAGGAAUAACAUUACGAUCUUAAGAAGAAACUUUUUAGAUAACCAUUAUAAACUGAGGAACUUAUAUCUGCACAAGAAUUCUAUCAGUGUGUUUGAAGAGAGAGCAUUUGUUGGUCUUGAUAACUUAGAGCGACUGCAACUAAGAAAAAAUAACCUGGUUGAACUGAAAAAUAAAGCAUUUGAAGGACUUCCGAAGCUCAAGACACUAUUUUUGGAAAACAACAGUUUUACUACAAUUUUAAAUGGAACAUUUGAUGAGUUAACUUCCCUGAAGAAAAUCGCCCUGAAAGGUGUGCCUCUUGUAUGCGAUUGCAAACUUAAUCCCUUCAUGAGAUUUGUAGCGAAGCACACUAUUAAAUUCCAUGGCACUUGCCAAAGUGAAGAAACCUUGGGUGAUCUCAAAGGAAUAGAUCUUUGUGGUAAAAAGAAGAAGAUAAAGCGGCAAUAGACGAGUGUAAUACUGUAAAUGUUGAAUCAAUGGACUUUAAAGAACUGCAAAAGAAACUGUUGGAUUAUCAGAAUAGUUUAGACCAGGAUGCCGGGGUUUUGUGUCCGGAGAACGAAGACCGUAUAGUAGAUUCUUCAAGAGAUAUUCAAACAAGUACGAAUGAGAUAUUGCAGGUUGAUCAUCUCUCAAAUGAGAUUUCAACAAGGGAGGUCUCGCUUGCGAGAGAAAGGAGAAGUAACAUAGCGGAAUUCCAGGAUGAAACCACACAAGCUGGUAAUCCUGUUGUGAAUUGGACACAGCAAAGUGAGGGAAAGAGAUAUGGUGGAAAUGAACGCUCAUU